UGGUGUGUACAACUGUACACACAAAUGUACGCAGUCUUGCAUAUUUAUUUGUAUAUUUAAUACUCAAUAGCAAGAAGGUAUACAUAUAUUUGUCUUGCAGUUGCGUAAAACAGCAUGUUGGGUAUUCCUCCACGUCCUGAUCAUAUAUCAAUCGUACCGCAGACAGGGGAUGAGUCAAUGAUCUCGGACGAUAUUAUAGCGAAUCCUCCACUACCUUCUGAUUGCGACGAACAAAGAUUCCGCAAGUAUAUGAACGAAAGUGCGUUUACGUUGCACUCUGAGAAAGGUAACAAGGGUAUCAACGGAUCAACUGUAGGAGAAGGGGAUAAGCUUGUAGAUAAAGUAGUCGUACCAGAUGCCGGCGAAGUGUACCAAAAGCUCUCCUUUGAUUUCCCACAGUACAAGGAGCACGACGGUCGUGCUCUACUGAACUCAGAUAUAUGGCGUUCGUCAGGACUCCCUCAGGGGUGUACAUUCAAUCGCACACUGGUCAGCAACGUGACUGAGGCCGCAAUCAAGGAAUCUAACGGCAGCUCAGGGUUCGAGUCAUUUGGGGAAGUAUAUCAUCGGGUCGUUCUGAAGGGCCUGUUGCACUUACUGACCUGUGACCGGACAGAAGCGGCUCUUCUCCUGCGUAGCUACAAGAUCCAAGUUGAGACCACCGAGAGAACUCUUGUGGUUGAAGUUCCGGAGAACGGGCAAACCGAACAUACAUAUGGAGAAGAAGAUGGCAGUGAUUUCGAAUUCGAGGAUUUUGAUUCACCCGCAGAAUCCAGUCCUGCGCUAGUAGACCCAACCAGGUCACUUACUAUAGCGACCACUCACAUACAUAAACUUAUGGAUCUGUAUAGUUUUGUCACGCCUAUCACCCUAGCGUGUAUAUCCCACCAGGCGUGGGUGGAAGAGCAUGUCACCGACACACUCGUGGCGAUCAUCGCGUGUCUGUCGGAGAUGCACGUGAGCGCAGGUGAUACACAGGCGCGUACAAGCAUACACGGGGCAGAGAACGGUGCAACUAAAGGACUCAGUGUGGCACAAGGUGUGGGUAUGCUCACGGCUGUGAUGAGCACCAGGCCGGUGUUGGUGGAGGAUAUUCUUCCGCAUCUGAUACCUGAUGAGGAAGUGGGAGAUACAACCGAGGCAGAUCGGCGAGACUAUGGGAAGGUCGCAAAGGGCAUAGUACGAAAGCACCGCCUCCCGUGCGAGCCUCAUUACCUAUCAAUCCUCGAGUGUGUGCCAUUGGCAGACGAUACAGAGGGGAAAGGAGCUGCACAGCGGAUCAGUCAGAAGCUGGCACAGGGUGCUCGUGAGACAUGCGUUACCUAUGAUGGCUGGAGAGCAUAUGCGCGUGCCGUGGCUGUGUGUCUGCCCACACUCGCCGAGGUGGCCGCCGAUGCCAUUUCGGUCGUAUUGCUGCAUCAAAAGGAGUUGAAGAAACAGGCUAGACUGGCGGAGAAAGCAGGAACAGGAAACAGUGGUAGGGGUACGGUGUUUGACUCCAAAGGACUCACUGGUCUGCGACACGAAGUCGCGUCAGUCACUGCCAUUGUCAGCCGGUAUGUGCGUCACGGGCCGAGGGAAAGUGUGGCUAGUGAACUGCUGGGCUGUGGCCUGUGGCGUGAUUUGGUACGAUUGAUUGUCCUGGUGGGUGUUACAAGGAAGAACGAGGCUGAAGAUGAGUUUUGUGAUAAAUGCCAGAAGAAGACGGGUGUAGGUGGUAAUAGCGAAGUCGCGAGUGUAGGGUGUUGUAAGGAUCCCACGCAUAUGGAAAGUAAGCAAAAAUCGCACAGCGAAAAUGUCAACAUGGAGAUUGUGGAGCUGCUGAAGAUGGUGACACAGGGCUGCUGCGGUUACGAAGAACUCAGCGCGUAUACAUUGCGGGUGGGUGGUUUCAAAGCGGUAGUUCUUUCCUUAGGAAAUGCUGCGGAAACAGACAAGCAGCCGAAAAUAGACACAAUUAUACUACCCGACCUGUAUGUUGUGUGGUUGUGUAUGUAUACCGAAGCAUAUGCACCAGAGAUAAUCACAUCCUACCUGACAGGCGCGAGUGUCCCUGAGCUGCACAGUCUCAGUGUAGAGCACAUGCACACAUACUGUGAACAGGCCAGUGACACUGCUAGUCGGUUAAAGGUGCUGCUGAGUUUGCUGGCGAUGCUCAAGGCGUGGGGUGCAAGCCAUAAGCUGGUGCAAGCGGGCCCUCACAGUAAGAAUAGAAAUGCAAACCAGGGACAGAAAGAAAAGUCGCAGAAACUGUGGGGACAACUCCUUCCGGUGAUGCUGAGCACAUACUCGGUAGCUGAGAAGCUCGUCAAACAAAACAAGAACUCGCAGCAGUUCAGAGCACAGUGGAGCCUACCAGCGCCUUCCAGCAAAGUAGAAGAUGCGUCGCACGGGGUGGUGCAGAAUGACACCGAUGGCAUACGUAUUGGACCUGAGAAGACAUCUCACACAGCGGAAGUCGGGAUGGUGCAAACGGAACAACCUGCUGGGCCUGAUACACAUGUAGCACACGGAAAUACUAGAAAUGAUUCUGAUCGCUCGACUAUGACUGAAGACGCUCAAGUGGACGCUGAGGCUGUGGAUGCGUGUGUGAUGAGGUCAGAAUCAGACUCGGACCUCUCGGAAGCGGAGAGAGAGCUGCGCGAGAAGGUGGCGGCGUUGCACGCGUUGUGUUGUAAGGGACUGUGGCAACUUCACCUUACACUGAAGACCGACUUUCUGAGCCACAACGAUGCCGGUUGUGGCAAAGCGGACUGAGUUUUUGUAAGUUGCUAGAACCGCCUCUGAUAGAGCGAAGGAUUUUAUUAUUCUUUUGCGGUAUAUGAGUUUGGUUAGCUAAUGAGAUCGAAUAACUUCGAAAGAUGAUUAAAUCACUCGCAUACUUGUCAGCAGUCAUACG